AUGCCGCACUCCGUCUCGAACGCCUCUACCGGGCUGCAAGCUCUGAUUCUUUGCGGCCCGGGAUCGUCAUUCCCGACGUUCACCUCCAACCCCGAUGAGAACCCCAAGGCGCUGCUACCGAUUGCCAAUAGGCCAAUGGUCUGGUACCCUAUCGACCUCUGCUAUCGGACUGGUGUGUCAAAAAUCACAUUGAUUGGCCCACCCUCAGCGGCUAAAGCUCUGAAGGCUGCCAUGGGCACAAACCCGCAUCUCACUGGUCUGCCAAUGCCUAGACCGGAGAUUGUCUGCCCAGCAGAUCUUACACAGACGACAGGCACAGCCGAAAUUCUACGGCUUCCUGAGAUUAUCAACCUCAUCACCGGCGACUUCAUUGUGCUACCCUGCGAUCUUGUUUGCGAAUUUGGCGCCGAGCAGCUCUUGCAAGCCUGGAUGGUCAAAGCAGCCAGCGCCACCGAUCUCCUCGGCGCCAAGAGCUUCUCAAGUGGCAGCCGAAGCCGCCACAGCGGUGGCAUCGGUGUCUGGUACGAAACCAAGAAUAAUGUCACGGUAAAAGGCGAGGAGACAGAUUUUGUUGCGACAACUACGCUACCCCAGUCUGCGACUAUGCCCCCGAAAGGCUCCAUCUUGGCCAAUGUCUCUCGCGUGGUAUUAACGAUGCCUACUGAUGCACUCAACGAUCGGAUGGAAGAGCGCAAAGCGCUGGCCCUCCGCCAUGGCCUUUUGAGAGCCAAUCCCCGCAUCCGCAUGCUCACAACACAUCGAGAUGCCCACAUUUAUAUUUUCCCUCGCUGGGUUCUGGAUUUCAUACAGGCCAACGACAGAUUCGAGAGCAUAGGCGAGGACGUUGUCGGCUGGUGGGCCAAGGCCAGCUGGCAAGAAGGACUGGCCGAAAAGUUGAAGAUUAUGGAGACUUGUAAGGGUGACUCUGCGGAUGAUGGAGAGUCAAACCCCGACAGCGACCGAGGAAGUACUGAUCACAAAGCGUCGGGUUGUUUGCUGAAUUCUGGUGACGAGUCAUCGAGAACAGCACGUAGCUCCUCAGAAUCUGUCCCCCCAAUGAUUGCCUACCUUCAUUCGAAUAAAACCCAGGAAGCCGGCUCGAUUAUCCGCCGUGUCGAUACAGCGCAGCUUCUCCUAGCCAUUUCUCUGCAGCUUGCUAAGCUUCCUUCGCUGGAAGAGACGGGACCCGAUGCUGCCUCUCCGUUUGCGCACCCUCGUAAGGUCGCAUAUCCCGAGGGCGUUAAACCUAGGACGACCAUCACCAAGGCCGACAGUCUCAUUGCUGAAAAUGUGACUGUGGAGGAAAAGACGUCGAUCAAAGAGUGUGUGAUUGGCGCUGGCUGUCAGAUCCAGGAGGGUGCCAAGCUGUCGCAAUGUCUGCUGAUGGAUGGUGUGGUUGUCGGAAAAGGAUGCAAGCUCACCAAGUGUAUCCUGGGUAAGCGAAGCGUGAUUGGUGAUGGUUCCGUUCUUACAGACUGCGAGGUCCAAGAGAAUCUCCUCGUCGAACCAAGAACCGAGGACAAGGACAACAAGCUUAUGAGCUCGGAAGGAUUGGAGGCUACGGAGGCCGAAAUGGAGGAAGUCUUGGGGCAUGCGGACGACGCCAUGGAUACUGUAUAA